UAUAUAACUAAUUUGGUGGUUAAACUAGUCAUUCCAUUACAAAUCAAUAAGAGGACCAGAAUAUCAAUCAUAUUAUAUACAUAAGUACUAAAGUGUUAAACAGUUAAUUUAAAAAAAUGUCUGUUUUAAGAAUUGAUACAAAUGUUUCACAUGCAGUCUUAGAGGAUGCAUUUUUUGUGCAGACUACAGAAGCUCUUGCUAAAACUUUAAAAACUCCAAAAUCUGAUAUUAUAGUAUUUGUUAAUGGAGACCUACCCAUUAUUCUUGCUGGUUCUGAAGAACCAGCAGCAAUUGUAACAUUACUUAGUAUAAAUGGAAUAAAUGAAAUUGAUAACAAACUCCACUCAGCAGCAUUGUUUCCAUUGCUUACUAAAUCUCUGAACAUUAACGAAAAUAGAAUUACAAUUGGAUUCAGUUCAAUUGAUCCACAUUACAUGGGAAACAAUGGAAAAAUGAUGAUUCAGUAAAAUUUUAUUAUUUAUUUUAUAUGAAUUAUUGUUUUAAAAUGUCAUUAUUGGAAAUAAGUAUAUGUUUAUAU